ACCGGCUUCAAAUUUAACUUAAAAAAGUAGGAAUUAUUUAAAAUAUAAACAGUUUAUCAUAUUAUUAUUCAAAAAUGAACGACACCGAUAAUUAUAAGUCAUACUUGAAACGUACCGUUUAUAUUGGUGGAUUAGCUGAAGAAGUGGACGAUAAAGUAUUAAAAGCUGCAUUCAUUCCUUUCGGUGAUAUUGUCGAUGUCCAGAUGCCAUUAGAUUAUGAAUCGGAGAAACACCGUGGAUUUGCAUUUGUUGAAUUCGAACAGCCAGAAGAUGCCUUAGAUGCCAUUGAUAAUAUGAAUGAAUCAGAAAUAUUUGGCCGUACGAUCCGUGUCAAUUUGGCUAAGCCCCAGAAAAUUAACAGAGGCUCAACAAGACCAGUAUGGUCAGAAGAUGAUUGGCUUGUUCAGUAUGCUGGUAAGACAUUGGAACCCAAGGAUGAUAAAAAAACUGAAGAGGACAAAAACAAAGACGAAGCAAAAAAUCCACAGGUUUAUUUGGAUAUUAAAAUUGGUAAAAAAGAUGCUGGUCGCAUUAUAAUCAUGCUACGAGCAGAUAUUGUCCCUCGCACAGCAGAAAAUUUCCGUUGCUUAUGUACUCAUGAGAAGGGUUUUGGAUAUCAAAAUACUACAUUUCAUCGUAUCAUACCAAAUUUUAUGUGUCAAGGUGGUGACAUUACCAAUAAUAAUGGCACAGGUGGAUUAUCAAUUUAUGGAAAAAAGUUUGACGAUGAAAAUUUUGAAUUAAAACACACUGGCCCAGGAGUUUUAUCAAUGGCGAAUUCUGGGCCAAAUACAAACAGUUCACAAUUUUUUAUUUGUACAGCACGUACAGAAUGGUUGGACAAUAAACAUGUUGUAUUUGGUCAUGUAUUAAGUGGUAUUGAUGUAAUGAAAAAAAUGGAAAAAUGUGGGACUAAAGCUGGUUUACCAACUGAAAAAGUUAUAAUUGGAUCUUGUGGACAAUUAGCUUAGAAAAAUAUUAAUGAA